AUGCAGCAGCCCAGUCCCAAGAGCGGAGGUCGCAUGAGCCACACAGUACUCCAGAUCUUUCUGGCGAUUUUUGCCGUCACCAACUUCCUCACGCUCAUCCUUAACGCAUUCGCUGCCUACAAAUAUGGCAAGGUGCUCAGCACCUACUUCUUGGACCCUGCCAUCCAAACCCACCCUGCCAUCAGUGCCGCCAUUUACUUUGAUGUGAACGACAAUAUUGUGGGAAACCCCCGGAGGUUCCUGUUGUCCUCUCGGCUGCCCUUCCUCUUCCUCGCAUUCAUAUCUUGCAUUGCCUGGAUCAUCACCGCUCUUACCGUCUUGUUCCUUUUCACCAAGAUUCGCCACUUCAACCACCGCGUGGCCCGUUACGUCUUCAAAAUCACCGCUGCCAUCACCUUCAUCUUGCUGGUUGUCUUCUACUUCAGCUGGGUCUCAACCUACAGCUUCCAAUUUCCCUUCGCUGCCCACUGGGGUGCUGGCUCAGCAGCAGUUGUAUUUGCUCACCUCAACCUACUGAUUGGGAUCUUCAUCACCUUGUUGGCAGCAGUCUUUGACACUCCCAAGGACGACCAACCUGAGCCCCCCACCGGCCCUAGUAGCCGUCGAACUACCCAACCCUAA